AUGUCCCCGACUGAUCCGCAAAGCUCUGAGGAGAUCGGCAUCGCGUACCUUAGGGCACAACAGACUGAAGCUGAGGAGGAUAACAACGAAAAUAAAGACGGUAGAGAUUAUGACAAUGAGGGUGGUCUCAUUAUUUGUAGCAUAAGGCUUGUAGAGAAGAGUGACAUUAUCUAUGUUCAGAGGGAAGACUUUAGUAUCAAUUAUGGAAAAAGAUAUGACAAAGAGCUUCAAACAACCAAAGUAUGCUUGCAACCUGGCAUGUUCAUUACCUUCUCGGGCCAAGGCAAGCCACCGUCGCACCAGGCGAGCUGUGGCGAGUUUAGUCCACCUCCAACAGAUCGGGUGCGGUCCCAUAGCAGUCCAACAAGCCCAAGGUGA